AUGCCGUGCACACGCGACGACCUCCCCCUCGAGCUCGGCGACGAGCUCUACAUCAUCGAGUCGUGCUCAAACUCCCAAUGGUACCGGGGCUACCUCGUCGCGCCACCGUCGCUCCUGGCGGGCCUGACCAGCAGCAAGGGUGCGACGCUCGAGGCCCGCGUCUUCAGCGGCAUCUUCCCAGCGGCCUGCGUCGACAUAAAGGAGUAUCUGACCACGGAGGUGCCCAUCCUGCCCGAGGACGCAAUGGGGGAGGACCACCACCAACAGCAGCAGCACCACCACCACCACCAACAGAGUGCGAGGGGCAGUCGGGAGCUCGAAGACGACAACGACAACGAAGACGACGACGACGAGUAUGAGUACGACCAGGAGGGCACGGUGGACGGGAGCACGGGGUUCAGGUACUACAGCGACGGCAUGGAGGUCAACGGACACUCGCUCCCCGCCCCGCCGGGCGCACGCCGCCAGAAAGAGGAGGGGAAGAGCGGCGUGGCGAGGACAAUGUCGGGCAAGUCGCGACGGCGGAAACAGUCCGUGUCGACGCCGACGAAUCGGCAGUCGGCCAUGACGCUCCCGCCGCGGCGGGACAGGGAUCGGCCGCGCCCUGCGGCUCCGGUGCCGAUGCUGAAGGUUGGCGAUGAGACGUCGAGCUUUGAGAGCGAGCCAUUGGUGGAUGAGAUUGCGUCCUGCCUGAGAGAGUGGCAUGCGGCGAAUCUGCAUGAGCUACUCCUAAAUAGGCAGUACCCGCUGCUGGACGAGAUCUCGGGAUUGAUCCAUACGCUGGACCUGAGCAGGCGGCAGCUGCUCCAUGGCGUGCUGACAAAGAGCGAGCUUGUGGCAACGCGGGAGCGCACCGUGUGGGCGCUCGUAAAGGGGAAUAAGAUCCUCUCGAGGGAAAUCAUAGUGCGAGAUCCGGCGUCGGGGAGGAUACUAACCGGCGAUGACAGCAGCGUCGAGAUUACAAGCCUGCAGUCGCAGAUGUCACUUUUGGAUGCGCCGCCCGCACACGCGAACGACGGAGUCGCGCUGCACCACUUGCUGUUGGAGCAUAAGUCGUUUGUGGGCAUUACUACGGAGCCUGUCACGCUGGUGUUCUACCUGGCUACGAAGGCGAAUGUGCCGGUGUCGGAGAGCUUCAUGAUAGAGCUGGGUCCCGGGGGAGUCCCAACCGACGGCCAGCUCGGGAGGAUGCAGACGUUAUUUACUGAUUUGAGCUCGAAGGACGCUGCGGAGGAUGUGUUUUUGGUGGUCAGGGUAUUCACGACUGUCACGGUGGUUUCUCCCCCGGGGCCUCAGCUCCAGAAUAAGGGCAAUGGAUUUGAGAAUACGCAGGGGAUCAAGGCGGCACACACAAUCAGCACGUCGACCGUAUCUCCGUCGAAAGAGGACAAGAAGCUGAAAGGCCGAGUCAGCGUGCUAUUUAACCCGCGGCCGAACCCACGGCCAAAGACCGGCGAGAAGGGACAGAGGGAGCUCGGCGGAGUUCUGGAGGCCUCGCCGGUGGUGGCGCAGAGGAGGCAUACUAAUGAUGAGAAUAUGUCACCCAUCACGUCUCCGAUCAUGACAGAUGCACCCCCGAUCCCGGCAUUGCCUCGGAGAUUCUCGUUCAAGAAGGCUUUGGGAGUCGGCGUCCUCGAUGUUGGCAAGUUUGUAAAGCAGGAUCAGGGCACGGAGCAGGUAAUGCGGAUCUAUGUCCCCACUGGCUCCGCCGGAUCAACACCUACAUCCUCAUCAGCAGGCAGCGGCGGUCCGACGGGCGAGAAGAACGAUGCUAGCAGCGACCGAAGCGGCAGCGGAGGUAGAAAGAGAGAUAACAGUAACUCCUCCAACCAUGACAAUGAGGACUGGGACCGUCUUAUCAAGGACGUAAUCGAGUCAAAGACCGGGAAAUAUGAGAAAUCUGCCCGUGCGGACCGUUUGCAUCUAUAUCUUCGCACAUUCGCAGCGGCGGAUGCAGAUGUGCUAGUAAAGAACACGCCGACACUACUCCAUAACAUCAACUGCGCGCAAAAAAUCGGAUUUUCAGGGGCACCGACGAGGCCAAGGAGCGACAUCUAUGUAACGCAGCUGCGCGCUUCCACCUGCGAGCUAUUUCAACUCUCUCCAAGUAUCACUCGAAGUGCGCCGCCCCAACGGCGAGCAGAUCAAGGACUGCAUCUUCGCCGCCAGCAAUACACCCCCCUCACGGUCUGGAAGAGUGUCGUUGUCAACCGCGAGGAGAGUUGGAACGAGACAAUCAAGCUUGUGCUUGAGGAUGAGGACGUGCCAAACGCACACGUAUUUAUGACGGUCAGUGGGGUGCCGAAUGCGCCUACUGCGCUGGCAUGGCUACCGCUGUGGGAGCAGGAGGCGUUCCUGAGAGAUGGAGAGUACUCGCUGCUGCUGCAUAAGUAUGAUGACUGGACGAGCUCGCCGAUUAGCACCAGUUCAGGCGGCGGUAAUGGAUAUCUUUCGCAGCCAUGGACUCCCGGGGAUGAGGGUUGGGCGGCGGCACUAAGUAUGGGUGGGGUAGCAAGCUCAAUAAAGGUCAAGACGUAUCUGUGUAGUACUAAAUUUUCUCAAGACGAUGUUGUGCUGAGCCUGCUGCAGUGGAAGAAUAUGAAGCAGGAAGAGGUUGUAGCUGUGCUCAAGAAGAUGGUCUUUGUGCCCGAGAUGGAAGUGGUGAAGCUGUUAAAGGAAGUGUUUGACGCAUUGUUUGGCGUGCUCGUAGAGUAUGCAAAGGAGAACGAGGUCGAGGACCUGGUGUUUAAUGCCCUGAUCACAGUGCUGGGUAUUGUCUAUGACCGCCGCUUCCACCUCGAGCCCAUGGUGGACGAGUACGCCGAGCAGCACUUCGACUAUCCCCUCUCCGGGCCCUGCCUCCUCCGCUCCUUCGCCCGCCUCCUCCAAGACCCCACAAACAGCGAGAGCUCCCGCCGGCUCCGCAGCACCUUCAAGGUCGGCCGCCACGUCUUCCGCUUCAUCGUCAAGGCACGGGAAAAGCAGCUCGCGAAAGAGGCAGGACUCGGCCUCAACGGUAACAGCGGCUUCAUCAAAGAGCUCCACGGCAUCUUCAAGCUGCUGGAAAACCUCAUGCGCAACAACGCACCCAUGCUAGUUGGCUCGCAGACGCUCGCCGUGCAGCACUUCCAUCUGUGGCUGCCGGAGCUGGCGACGACAAUGAUGACGCGCGAGGAGAUCCUACUGCUCGCUAUCGACUUUAUGGAUGCGUGUGCGGAUGUCAAGGGGAAGCUGAUCCUGUUCAAACUCGUGCUGAUCAUCAACUACUCGCGCUCGCAGCUCUUCUCCAUGCCCGAGGACCGGCGGGCACUGACGCUGAACACCGUGAGGUGGCUUGCGCCGCACUGGGGGACGACGGACGACGUGAGCAGGCAGUGGAGGGACCAGGUGCGGCUGUGUUGUAGCGUGCUUGCAUGCCAGGUUGAGGAGCUCGGCGAGGAGGUCUCGGAGUAUAUCCCGAAGAUCAUUGACUCGUACUGCGCCAUCCAGGCCACGGGCCGCCACGAGAGAGAGACGUUCUCGCUGCUGUUUCCAAGGACGUAUCCAUUCCCGACGAAGAACAUCCCCGACAGACCUGUGUUCGACGAGGCGCUGAUCGAGCUUGCGGCGAUACUGGCAGCCGUGUCGAGCAUCCCCACGGGCCUGCAUCUCGACCUUUCGGAGGAGGAGCUGGCAAAGUUCUUGAUGGACGAUCUGCAGGUGCAUCUGAGCAUCCUGUCGUGCGAGGCGUUCCCGGAGAGCUGGCUGAGCGUGCACAUCUACCAGCACCGCUCUACGCUGCGGACGCUUGAGACGCUGGCGGGGGUGCUGGUGGACACGUUUUUGCCUGAUCCGGACGAUGCGGAACGAUUCAACACGGAGCUGUGGCAAGGGUUCUUUAACACGCUGCUGACGCUCGUGGGCUCGGACGCGUUGGCGCUCGAGACCUUCCCGGAGCAGAAGCGCCGGGCGGUGUGGAAAGUUGCUGGCGAUGUGCGGGAGCAGGGCGCGGAUCUUCUGAGGCGGACGUGGGAGAGUAUUGGCUGGGAGACGAGCGAUGAGGAUCGCAGGCGCUUCGGCAUUGAGAAGAUGGGCGGGUACCAGGUGCAGUAUGUGCCGGGGCUUGUUGCGCCGAUCGUGGAGCUGUGCUUGAGCGUGCAUGAAGGGCUGAGGAGUGUUGCGGUGGAGGUGUUGCAGACGAUGGUGGUGUCGGAGUGGACGCUGAGCCAGGAUUUGAGCGUGAUUCAGGCGGAAAUGAUUGAUAGUCUGGAUAGGUUGUUCAAGUCGAAACGCCUCACGGAAAGUAUUACGCAGAAGCUGUUUAUCGCCGACUUGAUUGAUCUGUUUCAGCCAUUAUCGCGAAUCCCAGAUGAUCCACUGACAGUCAAGGUCCACUCGCUGCUGCACACGAUCGAUGAGUUCCUGGACCUUCUGGUGGCGGUGCAUAACACCCCGCUGGGUGAGGCGUACCAUAUCAUGGAUACACUGCGGUUGAUGGAGUUCCUGAAGGAUAUGCGGAAGGAGGAUAUGUUUAUCCGCUACGUUCACCAGCUCGUCAUCAUACAGCUCGACGCUCAAAACUACGUAGAAGCUGGGCUCUCACUAAAGCUACAUGCUGACCUGUACGCAUGGGACACAAACGAGAAGGUUCCUGCGCUCAUCGACCCACCCUUCCCGGAGCAGACUGCAUUUGAGAGGAGGGAGGCGCUGUUCCUGGAGAUGAUCAAGCAUUUUGAGGACGGGUACUCGUGGGAGAAUGCGCUGGAUACUUACAAGGAGCUUGCAGACCAGUACGAGAAUGUGCUCUACGACUAUGCAAAGCUGGGCAAGUGCCAUCGUGCUAUGGCAAAGAUCCACGAAGACAUUCUACAAGGGGCUGGCGAGGGAUACAAUCCAAGAUUCUUCAGGGUUGCGUAUCUGGGUCUUGGAUUCCCACUUGGGCUGCGGGAUAGGCAGUUUAUUGUACAAGGCAACCACUGGGAGGGUCUCGAUGCGUUCACAGACCGCAUCCAGAUGCAGCACCCGGCCGCAAAGAUUGUAAGCAGCGUCGCGAUCGACUCCGUCGAGGGCCAGUUCAUCCACAUCACCUCCGUCGAGCCCGAACACGACAUCGGCCACCCCGUGUUCCAGCGCUGCAAGGUCCCGCCCAACACGCGCGAGUUCCUGCUGCAGCGGCGGCCAAGGAGCUUUAGCUUUGCGGUGCCGCUGUCGAGCAGCGCCGCGGGCCGCGUGGGCAUGUGGACGGAGAAGACAAUCUACAACACGUCCGAGCGCUUCCCGACGAUACUGCGGCGCAGCGAGAUUGUGGGCGUGGCCACGUGCACUGUGGGGCCCGUCGAGAAUGCGAUCCAGGCUGUGAUGAUGAAGGCGAAGGAGCUGAGUAUGGUGGAGAGGCGCUUCGCGGAGAUUAAGAGCGGGACUGGAAGUGCCGGUGGUGAUGGGGCCGGAGGAGUGGCGCAGCUCAGUAUGAUUUUGACAGGCGAGGUGGAUGGCGGCGUGAGUUCCUAUAGGGAGCUGUUGGGUGAUGAUAGUGUGGAUCCUGCGCUGAGGAAUGCGCUGAGGAUGGCGAUGCUGGAUUAUGUGGCGACGCUGAAGAAGUGUUUGGCGGUGCAUGGGCGGCUAGUUGGUGCGUCCGGAGGAGGUGCUCAAGGCGGUGGGAAGGGUUUGCAUGAAGGGCUGUUGCGAUUCUUUGAGAAGAACUACAAGCGUGAACUCGCAGCCCUCGCACCACCCCCGCUCCAGAUCAAACCCCCAAUCAGCCCCGGCCAAUGGAAAGCACCCCUCCACUCGCCCUCAACACCGACCCCAAUACCACUCAAACAGCACCACAAGCGCCCCACCCCACUCUCCAACCCCUCCCACGGCAUGCCACUCCCCUUCUCCCUCCCACAGCUGCAAACAACCCUCCUAGACGCCGACACCAUGAGCGUCGACUCGGUCAGCGUGGACGCCGUCAGCGUCGUCGGCAGCACGCACCGCGGCCGCCUCGCCAGCAUGAUCUUUGGCGGCGGGCACGGCAAGGGCGACGGCAUUGUCGCGAGCGUCACCGCUACCGCCACAACCGGUGGAGCCAUGAACGGCAACGGCACAUACCACUACACCAAGGCGCCGCCGAUCCCGGAGGAGCCGCGCAGCAGGACAAGGAGCGAGUCGGUGUCGACGCGCAACACGAGCACGAGCAGGGGGAGGAACAGGAGUAAGUCGCUGCGCAGGCGGAGGCCGACGGCGGACUCGCUGGAUGAGCAGUGUGAUGUGGAGUCGAGCCCCGGUGGGAAGGGGCGGCCGAGUACGAGCAGCACGCGGCCGCCGAGGAGUAGCGGGAGUGGCGUGGUGAACUCGAUGGAGCGUGGGGUGGGGAGUGUGAAGAAGCGCUUUAGUAUGUUGAAGCUGAGGGGGAAGGGGAGUAAGGGUGAUGUGAAGGGGAAUCCAAAGUUUGGGGAGAGCGUCAGUGAGGUGGGGAGUGUGGCUGAGGAGGAGUAG